UUGGCUGAUGAAUCAGCAGAUAUAUCUGGCAAGGAACAACUAGCAAUAGGUCUUCGAUAUUACGAUCAAAAAGAAAAAAAUGUUAAAGAAGAAUUUAUGGGCUUCGUAGAGUUGGAAAAAAUGGAUGCCCAAACGAUAGCUGCUGAAAUAAAUAGAUUUAUUAAUACGUUAAAUAUUGACGCUAAUAAAUGCGUGGGACAAGGCUAUGACGGAUGUGCUACUAUGGCGGGAAAAGAUGGUGGAGUCCAGAAAAUAUUGAGAGAAACUUAUAAAAAGGGUUUAUAUUUUCACUGCGCCUGCCACAGAUUAAACCUCGUGGUAAACGAUUUAAAUAAUGUUUCUGAGAUCCGCAACUACAUUGGAACCGUAAAAGAUACAAUAAAUUUUUUCAGGGAAUCGGUUCUGCGUCAAAGAUAUGCACCAAAAAUACCAUUGCUGUGUGAAACAAGAUGGUCCCAUAAAUACCAAAGUAUUUCGAUGUUUAAGAAAUAUUUUGCCCAAAUUGCAGAAGGUUUAGAAAAACUUUCACGGGAAGGUAAUUCUGCCACAAGGAAAGUAGCUUUUCAGUUACUAUCUGCUGUCAGCCAAACUACAUUUAUAUUUGCUUUAUGUAUUAUAGACAAAUAUAAUUCUAUGCUGCAACCCGUCGCGAACAUAUUGCAAUCUAAAACGCUAGACAUAUUAAGAUGUGCAGAACAUAUAGAAACAAUAACUACUGCAGUUGCAGAACACCGGCGUUCCGCGGAAGAAGAGAGCGAAGAUUUAAUCAAAUCAGCUGAAAAAAUUGCUACGGCUUUAAACAUUGACCUACGUUUACCAAGAACAGCAAGCCGCCAACAACAUAGGGCAAAUCAACCAGCUGCUUCACUUAGCGAGUAUUUUCGUCGCUCAUUAUACGUGCCUUAUUUGGAUUCUUUGUCAUCUUCAUUAGAGGCGAGAUUUAGCAGACAGCAUUCACCAGCGUUUACACUUUCAUUGUUACACCCUACUCAGAUAAUUAAAAUUACAGUUCCUAAAUUACAAAAAUGCAUGGAGGAAGUAUCUGAUUUUUAUGAAUAA